CUAUAUGACAAUUAUCUUUCCGUCGUAAUUCAUAACUAUAAUCUGAACAGAUGCACAAGAUAUUCUUAAAUUUUAAUAUUUUGUAUUUUCGCGCGCUUUUUAUCAUUGAUCUGAAGUAAAUUACAUCUUCCUUGCUGACCCGCCAUUUUAUUUCCGCUUUGUGGUAAUGAAGCCGAGUUGUGUGCAAGCCGUUUCGUGAGCUGUAGUAUAUUUUUGCUCUUUGUUAAAACGGGUCAAGUACAGAGGAAAAUACGUUGAAGCUACCAUUUUUACCAACAUAUUAUCAUUGUUGUUACUAUAGAUAUAACAUAUAUAAUUUGAUUAAGUGUACAAAAGGAUUAUUUAUGUCUUAAUGUUUCUAUAACUAUCGAAAUUUGCAAUGAUCGUUGCACUUUGUUUGUGAUCUUUUGUGUUUUUGUGUUACCUAAUUCGUAAAAGAUGCCGAAAAAAUCAAAUAAACCGCAAUGGGGUGGCCGAGGUGGAAGACCUGGGAAUUUUGAUGAAAAACACUAUUUUGGACACGAUGACCGUGUACCCAGAAAUGACAGAGGUUCAUAUCUUGGUAAUAGGCCUAGAGUAUCAUUCAAAACACAAGCAAGACCAACAAGGGAUGUGCCUAGAAGUCUAACAUUAGCAUGCUUAGAUGAAGAUGUACAAAUGGCAACAAGUUCCAAUAAUAAUAAUAAUAAUAGGCAAGUUAUUAUGACAGGAAGAAAUAGAAGGACGCAACGUGGAAGAAAUAGUCCUGUGCCUCAUAGAAGAUAUAGGACUAGUUUAGUUCCUAGACCUAAGCGAUUUCCUAUGGGAGAUACUAAUUGGUAUAAAAUUACUAUACCAUAUGGACAGAAAUAUGAUAAAGAUUAUAUAAUAAAUAAUCUUCUUAGUUAUAUAGCGCCAGAAACUUUUGUUCCAAUAAUGUAUCGGGUUUUUGGAAAUGAAGCCAAUUUUUAUGUAGAUGAUGAGAAAAUAGCAGUUGCGUUACUUGAUUGUGAUCGUAAAAUUACAACUACUGAUGGAUACAAAUUAUUAGUAAGAGUCUCAAAAUCACCGUUUCCUCAGUGUGAAAUUGAUGCCAAACUGAAAGAAAGAUUGAAACAAGCUAUGGCUAAACGAUAUACGCAUGCUACAAAUGCACUAGACUUAUCAAGGUUUCACAGAGAUCCAGAUCUUGUUUCCGACUACUUUUGUGCACUAUUCCAACCUGCAAUAUUGAAAGCAGUGUUAGACAUUGUAUCAGAAUACAUACCAGAUUUAGAGGCAUUAAAUUUUGAUGGAAAUAAGUUGCAGACAAUCCAAAAUUUAAAUAUUCUGAAUAGAAAAUUUUUAAAGUUAAAGAUAUUGUAUAUUGGAGAUAAUAGGAUAAAAGAUAUUAAUCAAUUGGAUAUUAUCAAAGAUCUGAAAUUGGAGGAGCUUAAAUUGGCAGGGAACCCUAUAUGCAACAAAUAUAAAUCUCGACAAAGUGACUACAUUAGCGACGUGCGGAAAAGGUUUCCUAAACUCCUGCGACUGGAUGGUAUGGAUCUCCCGAAGCCAAUCUUAUUCGAUGUAGUGGACGAAGGAAACAAAAUACCCCCUUCUCAGAGGAUGUUUGUUGCAAAUACAAAAGCACAGGAAGUUGCUAGUCAAUUUCUACAGCAAUACUUUCUCAUAUUUGAUAGUGAGAAUCGCCAACCAUUGCUAGAUGCGUAUGUCGAACAUGCGUGUUUUAGCAUGACUGUGUCUUAUCCUCCUCACUAUACUAACAAAUUAAAUGGAUACCUAAUGGAAAAUAGAAACCUAAUGGAAAACAAGAACCUAAUGGACAAUAGAAACCUGUACAGAAUAAACGAUACAAACAGAAGGCAGAAGUUAUUAAAACAUGGUCGUUUGCCCGUAGUUUCAUUUAUUUCUGAAAUGCCGCAAACUUCCCACUAUCUGAAUACAUUCACAAUGGACAUCAGCCUGAUUACAGAUGGAAUAAUGUUGACUACAGUCACUGGACUGUUCAAAGAGCUUGACAAGAAAGAACAGCCUAUUCGUUACUUUAAUCGAACCUUUAUAAUAGUACCGGAAGGAAAUGGUUACUGUAUUCGAAAUGAACAACUACAUAUCAGUCAACCGACAGACGCACAACUAAAACAAUUGAAUAGUCAACCACAAGCGCAAAUGACAGAUCCAGGAUCACAGACUCCUUCGAUUAGCGGUAAUGAAAAAUCAUUAACGGUUCAGUUACCCGAAGACGUAAAACAACAAAUGACGAUGACGCUCAGCCAACAAACAAACAUGAACUUGGAAUGGAGUUUAAAGUGUUUAGAAGAAGUAUCAUGGAAUUAUGACAAUGCGCUUUCAGCGUUUCAAGAAUUUUACAAGCGGGGACAAGUACCAGCGGAAGCAUUUAAUAAAUAAGAAUAUAAUACA